AUUGCAACGUAAGAUCCAUAUUGGGAACAGGGUCCUGCCUCGGCAUGCUUCGUUUUGCUUGUACAAGCCUCAAGGUAUCUCUGUUGAUUAAAUCGAAAUUCUUCUACCUAGAUUCCCCUUCGGCAGUUUCUGGACUUAAUUAAAAAUUUUUUGGCGGUUUUCAAUUUUUUUUUUCCCUCAUUCUCUUUUGUUUCGCUUCCUGGUCUCAGCGAUAAAACAAAAGUUAUGGCGGCCCCUGCUCCAUAACCCUCGCAAUUCCUUGUAUAUUGCUACCACAUGGCAUACCCUAUGGAGAGGCCAAUAGACCCAUCCGUUGAAGAUGUCUCUAGAGCGUCGAUGGUUACAGUCCCGACCAUUGUCACCACCGUCAUAGCCCUAAUUCUCACAUUAUUACGGUUAUACGUGCGUCGAUACAUGAUCCGGAUGCUGUCAUGGGACGACUGCUUUAAUGUGUUUGCCAUGGUGACACAACUGAUUGUUCUGGGGCUGAUCCUUGGAGCAACGUCGCACGGCUUCGGACGACAUGCAACUUUGGUGGGUCACGAUAACACGACCUACAGUAUGAAGCUAUUGCGGAUUGCCGAGUUCUUCUUGAUCUUUACAACAAUCUUUCUCAAAAUCUCAAUUAGUCUGUUCCUCAAAAGACUCUUUCUCAAAAGCAAGAAAUGGAAGACCUUCUUCUGGUGCUUCAUCGCCUUCAAUACCAUCACCAGUGCACUCGAUGCGGCCUUCAUCUUUCCUCAAUGUACUCCGGUUGAACUAAACUGGGACAAGACUGUGGAGGGACAUUGUUGGUCCCCUACUGCCAUCGAUGCGAUUGGCAUCGCCCAAGGAUCGAUUGCUGCGGUCACAGACUUUGCUUUAUCCAUUCUACCGAUUGUUUUUUUAUGGAACGUCAAGCUCCCCAAAAGAGUCAAAGUGGGCAUAUGCGGAAUUAUGGCUCUGGGCUUCGCGAGUGGCGCUUUUGCAAUUGCUCGCACUGCACUCGUUCCCAGUUUAUUGAAGACGGACGAUCCAACGUGGGAUCUGGUCGACCUAUUCUUGUGGGCCGUGUAAGUUGUCAUUAGCUAUCCGGCAUCUCAGCAACUGAGGAGCUCGCGCUAACUUGUCUACACCAUAGAUUAGAGGCGACAUUUGGAAUUAUCGCCGCCGCCGCUCCAUCUGUCCGACCGCUCAUCGGCCACAACUCCGUGACUACAAACUAUUACUCUCGUUCCAAAUCGCAUUCUCUACCACUCCGGAACACACGCACAGGAAGAACCUCCCGAAUCGAUUGGGGCCAUAGUGCAUAUGAUACGAGGAAUGAACCAGACGAGAGAGAUGAAUACAUUGGGGACAACGAGUCACAGCUACACCUAGAUGACCGGGGAAUCAUGAAAACAACGUCUAUCGAGGUGGUCACGACUCUAGGGGCAGCCCUGGAGAGCGAAACGGAUGGGAGGCCAACGUCGGAGGAGAGCUCCGACCGAAGAUAUGUCUAGACGCAAAAAUAGAAUUACAAUGCGAUCUGAUCUGAAUUCGAAACAAACACUCCACUUGGUCAGACUGGAAAUGAAUACAAGCCAAUAAAGAUCCAUCACCACCAGUAGUAAUAAGCGUUGCUAGUAUCUUUUAGUUUCGCGCCAUCUCGUGCACUAACAAAC